AGCUACAUUGCCUGCAUUGUAGUGUUUUAGAGCCUACGCUCCCCUCCCCCUCCCCCCCUCUGUGGUACCUACGGCACAGCUACAUUGCCUGCAUUGUAGUGUUUUAGAGCCUAUGCUCCCCCCCUCUCCCCCCACUCUUUUUUGUAAUGUUUUAUUUUUACCUAUUUCGUUUCCUUGAUUUGUUCCGACGCUUGCAGUAAAAGCAACUGAAAAGCAGUAUUUGUAAGCUUCGGAAACAUGUUCAUCUCAUCUCAAUUAUAUCAAAUAAAAGGUAGUAUUUGUUGGUUUAGGUAAAUCUUAGUGACAGUUUUUAACGUGCGUUUACCAGAAAACUAAUCAUAAAGAAAAUGUCAAGACCACCAUUAGACACCAGCUCAUUAAGUCAGUCUGAGUUUCUAUUUUAAUUUAACAAUUUUGGUUUCAUAUUACAAAUUGAGAAAUCUCUGAUUGAAAGAGCGAAUAAUGCUUCGAGAAUCGCAGUUUGGUGGUAUAAUACUCUUUUCCCUUUCAUAGUCUUUUCGAGAGACGCCCGUCAUAACAGUUCAGUUUUAAAUCCAAUAAAAGUAGUACUUAACGUGGCUAAUGAUUUAUAUUCAUUAGAUUUCUACAUGCAAAACAAAUAAACGCUUUUGUCCAUGUCUUUUUCUUCCGGUUGUGUAAAGACAGCUGUGAUAUCUGAUGAAUAAUGAAACUAAUGAAAUUUCUUGAUUACCAAGGAUAAAGUUAUUAAAUCAUCUCAAUCGAUCACAAAUCCUUCGCAACUUGCAGUUGAAAGCAUUGUCCCGCUUUCUAGAAAUUAUUUGUAUUCGGUGAUGACGAAUUGAAAAAGUUUUAACUAGCGAUCAGAUAAAAAAAACAUCUAAUCGAUUUGAGGAUUUCCUAUUUUCGAUCCCUAGGGUUCCUUGGUCGCGUCAAAGAAAAGCAUUCGCCAGCUUGUUCGAGUACCUAUUAUUAGAAGGCAUUUAGUGUUUAAAGCUUUUAGAGGGAAGCUGUCUUGUGUUUGUAUCUUGAGUCUGCGACUGUUCUUAUACCAAGAUCGUUACUGUUCAUCUGUUGACACAGAAACCAUAGAAGAUCAAAUUUAUGGGACCAAUCCGGCAGAGCACACGUUUCCAAAAUACAAGAAAAACAAACACUCCAGUUUGGCCUUGAGCGCUCUGACAACCAGGUAAAAAGACUGUCAUCGGCCUAACAAAAUUGUUCUGUCGGAAGAAAGAGAAAAAAGGGGAUUCAAAAGAUAUAUCUCAAGAAAAGAUGGUGCGAACAAUAAUUGAGGCUUGUUUAAUGCGUUGAACAUUUGUUCUCAAGUUGGUCACCGUCAUGAACAGCACAAAGAAUUCCUUAUGGCAGUCCGUGUACGUCGCUUUCGCCAUUGAGGGUUUCCCUGUCUUAAUUUUAAACUCAAUGACUCUUCUCACUUUUGCUCUGAACCAAAAUCUUCGCAAACCUAGCACUUAUUUGCUUAUCAGUGUGUCAGCAGCUGACGCUUUGGUAGGUCUCUUUUCAAUGGCGUACGGCAUUACACUGUGGGCAGGUCAUAACAAGGGUUGGUGGAACACCGCGCUCAACUUAAUAUGGACCUCGGCCGUAAUGGCGUCUCAGCGCGGUAUACCGCUGAUCGCUCUGGAGCGAAUGCUGGCCACCGUUUUUCCUUUACGGCAUCGAAAACUUACUCGCGUCUCGUACAACGUUGCGAUCUCUGGACAGUGGAUCACAGGCUCUGUUGUAGCUCCCUUCUACUUAUCAAGAUACCGGUACUAUGUAUUCUGGGUAGACACCCCAAUCGCACUGCUAGGUUUGGCUGUAAUAUGUGCGUGCUACUCUGCGAUCUAUUGGAAGGUCCUGAAUCAGCGUAAGCACCACAAACAAGGCUCAUUUCCAUGUGCACAGAAGAGGGAACGCAAGCUAGCAAAGACUCUCUUCAUCAUCACCGUCCUCUCUCUUCUUACGUGCUUGCCUGAUCUUGUAUAUCACGUGGUACCGGGGUUUACGGACUAUAGUUCCACGCAUGGGGUAUUCUUAGUCUUACUUCUAACCAACUCGAUGAUGAACCCGAUAGUUUAUUUCUGGAGGAUGAGGUCAUUUCGAAAGGCAAUGAUGAGGAUUAUAAUGAGAUGCCGAGGGAGACACGACAGAAACACUGUUUGUGUGUCGUCAUCUGCGAAACGCGACACGCAAGAGCGUGACAGGGGAUUGCGUUACACUGAGAAUUUACAUUUGGUUGAGUUAUGUGACGUGGACAGGCGGAAGCCGGAUGGUUCAAGCUUAUGUGACAGAAAAUUACGUGACGCGGGACGAUGGUGUGACGUAGAUCCGCGUGAUGUCGAAUUGAAUGACGUAAAAAAAAUUGACAGAUUGAAUGGCGUAGGAUUAUCUGGUGUGAGGAUAUUUGGAAGAAGAUUAGAAGAAGCAGGAUUCCCGCGUGACAUCGAACCAUGUGACGAAGUAUUGUGUGACAGUAAUAAACAUGCUGGAGGAUUAGAUUAUGUAGGAUUGCAUAGUGUCAAGAUGCGUGACAACAGACUGUUAUGUGACAAAGAUGCAUCACGUGGUAUAGAUCCACGUGACAUAGUAUUGCAUCUUAGAAGCGAAUUGGAUACUGAUAAAAUCGAUAACAUCCUUGCUAGCGGAGAUGAAUUACGUGACAGGGAAGUGUAGAUUUUACUUUUUUAGUAAUAUUGUUGUUAAAUAGACUUCCAGUAAACUUUUAGGGUUUGUUUUGUUAUCAAUUUUAAUACGGAGUGUUUAAAGUGUUCUGACAGGCAAUAAAUUUGCUUUUUCUGAUAA